UCCGAUUUUUUUCAUUUUUGGCGAAAUUGAGUAAUUGACCUAAAUCUCGGCUGACUUUGAUAUCACAAACCCUUUUUCAUGAUUUGAACACCGACGAGGAAGAGGAUUGGCCGCCGCGAAAGCUUCAUUGUUCCGCCGAUCUGAAUCGCCUCCACCUCCUCCCUCAAACCCCUCCCGCUCCGACUAACAGAUCCUUUGUCACCAAAUUCACCGCUGUCGUCGUCCCCUCAAUCACCGUUGAGAUCUCCAUCGACUACAAACACUGGUAAAUUCUGAUAAAUCCGGUGCUUUUCUUCAUAUAAAAAAUGGACACCGCGGACAUGUAGAGCCCCGGGGAAGGUGCUCAUUAUAUAGAUGCGUCUUGAUUGCCUCCCGUAUCUCCAUUCCCACCUCUCUCUCCCGAUCCAAAUACCCUAUCCCCAUUCUUUCAAUCUAUCAUUUAAAAUCCAAUUUUAUCCAUCGAAAAUCCUAUUCCGACUCCAAUUCUUGUCAUGGCGCCUUCCUUCAAAUUGUCGGUGCUUCUCUUCCUCCUUCUCUUUAGAUAACGUAAAUUUUAUAACAGACCCCCUGCCCUUGCCUUUGAAAUUGGAAACUGUUUCCUUUAAAUUUAAUUUGAUUUUGAUUUGAAUUCUGCUGCAGCGGCGGAGAUUGUAUGCAAGGAUUUGGGGAAGGAGGUGUUCGCAUUGGCGACAUCGGAGAAGAGAUGCCUGUUGGAGACGUACGCGACGUAGAAGAGCAUGGCGCCGGAGAGCUUGUAGCCGAUGGAGAUCUCAAAGGUGAUUGAGGGGUCUGAUGGCGGUGGAUUUGGUAACGAAGACGACGAAGAGUAAAAAGGGAUAAACCCUUAUUUUGGUUGAGUGGGUAAGCUCAUGGGUACGUGGGUCGGUCCGGUUCAAGAGUUGGGUUGGGAUGGACAAGAUGAUGUGACGGAUUUUAGUGACGUGGCGGGUCGGAUUUUACUGUUUUCGGGUUAAGUUAGGCUUAUCAGGCAAUUCUGUCUGCCACGUCAGCACAUAACAGACUUAGUUAACGGAGAUGGAUGGAGACGAACGGAGAGUGACCAAACAUGAGCUGUUUUACUAAUUUUAGUGACAACGAAUAGAAUUAAAUAUUUGAGAUGAUCAAACAUGAACGUUUUUAGUAAUCUCAGUGACCAAUCAUGUAAUUUACCCGUUAGAAUUUGGAAAGAAACAAAUAUCAAAUUUCAAAACCUUGUUGACUUUUCAACAUGGUAAGCGGUAACCGGCUAACCGCUCCUAAUCCAGGGAUAACACGGUUAAUCGUUUGGCUUCCUUGUUACGCAAGAGCGUCCACUACCCAGCCUUCAUCUAUUUAUACCCACUCGCCCCUUUUUUUAGUUAUUCCCACUUACUUAUUUUCCUCCCAAAUUCCAGAAACUUCGCUGCGUUCCUUCGCCAUAACUAGUCUCGAUCCGGCGAAACUGAUCCACUCCCAAUCCGCGUUCUUCCUGUUUCUCUCAUCGGAGGUAGCCAACGGCGACGGCGACGGCGACUUGAAGCAAGGCAAGAGAAGAUCAGAAGCCGUUCGGAGCCCCGACGGAGAUCAGUAUCACUGGCGCUUCCGAGAUUCAAAGUUCGAGAUCUGAAAAAAAUUUGUAAUUGCUUCUGAGUUUGCUACAGAAUUUGCUUACAAUUGUUAUUUCCCGUUUCUCCGAUUGUCGAAAAGAAAUUGUCCAUCUCUCCGAUUACUUUCAUUAUUGAUAUCUUGAACGGAAGAUUCUCAACAUAGUUUCCGAUUGCGUGUUCAUUGUUCGUUCAUUCAUUUACACCUGUCUCUGGAUCUCUCUGUGUUGCGCUAUACCUUCGUUCCAAAGCUUGAUUUUGAUUUCUGAAUAAUCUGGUUUAGAGAAAAAACCGAAACCCUAAAACAAUGGCGGCGACGAUGACUACGACGGUGCGGUACAAAUUUCUGAGUUCUAGGGAUUUUUCCGAGAUCCAAAUACAGGGGCCUUACGUAAACGUCGGGGAUCUGAAACUGGCGAUUUUCAAAGCCAAUUUCAAAGAUCGAUCUGCUGAUCCCAAAUCCAAAUCCCAGCUGGAAACCAGGCGCCGUAACAGUGUCUGGAACGGUUGCUGUUUGGGUACGGAUCACGAUCUCUCCAUCAUUGAUCCCCAAACCAAUACCCCUUACUCCGACGAAAGCGCGCUGAUCUUCGACAAAGCGUCGGUUUUCCUCCGGCGGAUCCCAGGAGACCGCCGCCGUCAACCUCUCAACACGACGACGAUUGAUCUCCGGCCGGCGGUGGAGGAAGUAAAGUCAGCAGAACAAGAAACCAAGUCUCUCUCUGCUUCGGAUUCGGUAAUGACGGCGACGAACAGUGGAAUCGAAGAUCUCGACUUCGAUGAUUUUGGUGGUGAUGUCUACGCUAUUCCUUCCCAAGUGACCAAGCCGUCGACAGAGAAGAAGAAGAAGAAGAAGAACAAUAUUGCUGCCCAGAAGAAGAGUAAUAUUGCUCAGGCCGCAGUUGACAAAGACGAGGAGAGCAGGAUCAAGGCUUUGGUGAAUACUCCUGCUCUGGCAAAGUGGUCGGCGGCGGUGAAGUCGACUCUGACUACAACAACGGGGAAGAGGAAAGCGCCUUACUCUACUCAGCCUCCUCCCACCGGCUACGUCUGCCACCGGUGUGGGAUAAAGGGCCACUUCAUUCAGGACUGUCCGACCAACGGCGAUCCCAGUUUCGAUCUCCGGAAGAGAAUGCGGCCAAUGUCGACAGCUCCCAGUGCAGCCGCCGAGAGCGAGUUCAACAGGCAGUUGGAAGGGAUCUCCUCGUUUUCCAGCGUGACAACAAACAGCAGCAGCAACAGCGGCGGCAGCAAGAGCAGUGGUACGACGACGGUGGGUGUGCCGGGGGAGCUUAACUGCCCAUUAUGCAGAGGGAUCAUGAGAGAGGCAGUGUUCGUGAAGAGUUGCUGUUUCCGGAGCUACUGUAAGGGCUGCAUCAGUGACUAUGUGAAGAGUUCCAAGGCGUGUGCUUGUGGGGCGAGGAAUGUCGACGAGGAUGAUUUUCUGCCGAAUGUUACAGUUCGAAGCAUGAUCGAGACCAUUUUGCAGCGUCGGAGUUGCAGUACUGGUAGUAGUGCAGGGAGCAAUAGCUGCUGCUCAACUGUCAUUGCUACCUAGAGAAAUUUGUAGGCGUUAAUUUCUUUAUUGUUCUUCGUUCCCUGUUCUCUGGGUUCAAGCAAACUGUAUAAUGUAAUGGGAUCGUUUGAGAAUCAUCAUAAUAUAACGAAGUUCUUCGC